AUGAAGUUCCGUCCUGCAGCCUUAGCCUUUUUACUUUUUGGAUUUGUUGCUAUUGUCUUGAUCUAUAACUUAAAAAGACAUUUUGAUCCCAGUUUUGAAGAAAAUGUCCAAACAUCAGAGAAUAUUAAGGUCGCUUCUCUUCUCGAUCCUGCGGCCCUAAAUUCUUCUUCCUCGUUAGUUCCUAAAAGUACUAAAGCUACUMUUUAUUUGAAAAAUACAACGAUCGAGUACAAAGAAUCGGCUUCAAAAAAAUAUUCCCUCAUCUUGGAUUUUGGGAUAGCAAUAAUGGCCCUUUCUGCUUUGUUAGUCCAUGUUCUGCGAUUCAAUAGAUAUGCCAAACCAGUCCCAAUGAAUCUUUCUGUUUUAUUUAGGCGCUUGUUACUCAUAUGCUUAGCUCCAGGCUUUUUUUAUGCGAAUCGAUAUUUUAAAAUCUUUAAGCGAAAAGAAACAAUUAUUGACAAUGCCUUCCUAAAAUUUAUAUACCCAAAUUUGCGUUAUAAUUUUAUGUCAUCCGAAGAAAUCAAUAUUUUGGCCUUUUGUAUCGCAAAAUAUCUAGGAAUUGAAGAAGAAGAUUUGUAUUAUUAUUGGACAAAACUUGAAAGAAUGGAAUAUGAGGAUGUGGUAACACCUAAACUUUCAAGGAAAUACAUAGUUAUUUAUCCCACAACCAGGGACACAUUUCCCGAAAUGUUACCCGCUUCUAGGUUUUUUAAAUUAGAUUCCAGGAAAGAAAGGAGCGAUGAAGACCAACACUUACAACGCUACACGGUUCUGGAAGCUUCUACAUUCAAUAAUGACGAGUAUCUUAAAGAGUUUGAAAAGGAUAGAUCGCUAGAAGAUUCUCAAAGCUAUCAAUUUCAUUUGAUCGCAAUGUACCAAUUCAAUAAGCAUGUAAUCAUGUUCGAUUUAGUCCUUAAUAAUAGAAUCAAUAAUUUUCUUUAUAAUAGUUCCUUUGAUACAGUUAAAAGGAUUGAGGAAAAGUAUCUACGUACCAAUAAGCUUUCUAACUCAGAUAUGAUGAAAGAAGUCUACGAUUCCCUUGAAAUUGUGCAACUUCAAACCUCAAGAGCCAUUAUUGAAAGAAUGAAAGGUAAAAAGCAGACGGAUAAAAUCAUGGAAAUAUAUGAAGAUCCUAAAUUUGUUUCUGCUAGAAACUGCUUGAAAACGGCCAAGACAGAAGGCUCUGUGAAAUAUAAUAUUCAAUAUAUGUUCUUUUAUAGCCGUUCUCAUAAAAAUCCGCAAAAAUACAUCGAGAAAAACCAUUCUCAAGACCCCCUACACUCAAACCCUCUAAUGAACGACGAUAUAGUUGAUUUUGAGAUAAACGUAAAUUAUCCUUCAGAAGAGUCGGUUACUAGACAUUAUCUAUCUUGGGUUAUAAACUUAUUCGUGGAAAUGGGCGUGAAAUCCUCGGACUGA